GGCUACAUGUGUUCCUGUGUGUUGGUCUGCUGUGUACCGACUCACCGGUAGAUGAAGAAGCCAGUUUUGGGGAAGUUUUCUCUUUAACGAAGCGGUGUUGAUAUCUUCCAAAGGAAAGCACUGGUGGAUAAGUAAGGACACCAUAAACACACCACCAGAAGGAGAGACCCAGCAGUCUGAGAGCACUCACCUGGGCUGCAGGUGUCCUCACUUUCCAUCUGAUCUGAUUGACUGAGCAGACUAAAAGGAAGGCGUUAUCCCGUGAGCCCGAAAGAAGACACCAAAGCUGUGAGCAGAGUGAAUCAGGACCAACAGACAUGGGGAAGCAGAACAGCAAGCUCCGUCCUGAGGUGAUGCAAGACCUGCUGGAGAGCACUGACUUCACCGAGCAUGAGAUCCAGGAGUGGUACAAGGGCUUCCUCAGGGACUGCCCCAGCGGGAACCUCUCCAUGGAGGAGUUCAAGAAGAUCUACGGUAACUUCUUUCCCUACGGAGACGCUUCAAAGUUUGCUGAGCACGUCUUUCGCACAUUCGAUGCUAAUGGCGACGGGACAAUAGACUUCCGGGAGUUUAUCAUCGCAUUAAGUGUGACGUCGCGUGGCAAGCUGGAGCAGAAGCUGAAAUGGGCCUUCAGUAUGUACGACCUGGACGGGAACGGGUACAUCAGUAAAGCUGAGAUGCUGGAGAUCGUACAGGCAAUAUAUAAGAUGGUGUCCUCUGUGAUGAAGAUGCCUGAGGACGAGUCAACACCUGAGAAGAGGACGGAGAAGAUCUUCAGGCAGAUGGACACCAAUAGAGACGGAAAGCUGUCUUUGGAGGAGUUCAUCAAAGGAGCGAAAAGCGACCCCUCCAUCGUCCGCCUGUUGCAGUGCGACCCCAGCAGUGCUGGACAGUUCUAAACCUGAGGCAUCAACACAACCUUGCUUCUUUGGGUGACUAAAUGCCCGCAACUCUCCACUAUGGAGCACACUGAUGAUGAAGAAUGACAAGAUGAUGACGAUGAAGAAGACAGGCCUUCAAUAUGUACACUGAGGACAUUUCAAAGAUGGACACAGGAGCCACAUUCUCCAGUUCCCCGCCUCCCUUCUCAAGCUGUUUAUCCGCACCCUCCAAACUCCCAGCAGAGACUGAUCUCUCAUCAGGUUGUCAAACCCCACUGAUUGUAAUUGAACCCCUCAGUUCUCCGAAUGGCAUGUCAGAGUAUAAGGAAGGUCUACGGUUGGUUGUAUAUAUGCAGUAUAAACUGGAGUCUCUGUAUCAGUGUCUUUGCUUGGCUCUCUGUCCCCUCUGAGGCUCCAGCCGGGGGCCACACAGAGCCUGUAUCACUCUAAUAUGUAUAAUAGACAGAGUGUGUGCAUGAGACCACAAGAGGGAAACAAGAGACAUGAUGGUGUUGGACGUGCUGUAAAUGAGAUCAUUUAAUGUGCAGACGGGACCUGUGACGUUUGUCCUUCAGUCAGAGCGAGUACUGCUUUCCUCUUUUCUACUGUGAGAAUGUGUAUGUGUGUUUGUGUAUUUUGCAAACUUGAUAGACUUUGUUUCAUAGAUUUUAUGCCGGGACAACAACAACAACAACAUAUAAUAUUGUGCUACCAUGCAUAAGCACCCAAAUCAGCAGUCUGAUUUUAGGGAAGUCUCCCUGAUGAAGGAAGAAAAGAAUCCCUCGAUCCAUCACCUGUUCCAGUGGUUUCUUUCACAUCAGUAACAACAGAGAGAGUUACUGCGCUCUAGCUUUAGGUAACAAUAGAAAACUAGUCUUUACAAGUAUUUGAGUACAGUGUAGAUAUUUUAAAGUGCAUCUAAAUUUGUAAAACAAAUCCUCAUAGUCCAGAUUACUCCGUUGAGAACAAAUGUUGUGAAAUAAUAUUAAUAAUUUUAAAAGAUGUUUGUUUAUUUAAGCUGUUGCGGGAUAUCAAGCAUGCAAACCAGUUUCUUUUUGUUGACUUUUACUAUGUGAAGGGCAAAGACGCGUUUCUUCACGUUCACUUUUAGAUGUUUUGAAAUGCAGCAUGUUGGGUACAGGAGGUGCGUAGAAAUAAAAAUAACACGUAUGCAUGUGCGCAUAAGCAUGUGUGUGUUUUUAAUGUAUGGAUAUCAAACAGCCGGUCAUCCAUUUAGCUCUGUGCUCGCUUCUGUAUGUUAGUAUUGUCAGCGUUAGUACUACCAGUGGUCAGUGUUAUUGGAUUGGAGUAUGGACUGCCGAAGCUGACACAUCUAGUGGUUCAUGUGAAUGAUUUCACGGAAGAGGAGCUUUAGGACGACCAUCAUGCACAUGUACAUGUAAGAAUGCUGGGCAGUCAUCGCUGAGAGCUGUUUUCUGUUGCAGCUGAGGCAAAUAAUUAAAUCAACAACCAAUUUAAUCCCUAACAAGGUCCAAUAUACACAGAGGGCAGCGGCUCAGAGGACACUUUGAGUGAAACUGAAUGUACACUGUUCCAGUAAAUACAUAUGAAUACCAUGCACUCAGUCACACAUCAGUUCAAGUGUUGCCUCUACAUUCUAAGGGGAGAAUUUAUUUCCCUUUUUUUUGGUCCAGUCUUCUCUCCUAAUUUCUUCGUCUUCACUCAGCUUCAACAGAAAACAUAAACAAAAUUUUAAAAAGAACCUCUUCAAGCUCUGCUGACUGUCCUCCUCCAGGCCCGAGCGAAGCCGUUUCAGUUACUGCGUUGUGUUCUGAUUAGAAAAGCUUUGAAUGUGUAAUUGAGUAACUGCUGUUUUUUUUUUUUGUAAAGAAAAAAAAAGAUGCAGACCAACCAAGGAUUACAACUACUGCAAUGAUACUGUCACAAUGUGUCGCUUUUAUAGGUUUUUUAAAUCUUUUUUUUUUCUUGUUUCCUGUCCUUUGUUUUUCUUCUUUUUUCUUUUUUUUAGAAAAAAAAAAAAGUGUCAGGUGUAACACUUCUGUUAAAACUCCAAAAUAGUAUCUUGUGGUCGAGUGCCAAAUAAAAACAAAAACAGUAUUGUAUAAAUUUAUACUGUACAAUUGUUAUAUGUUGAACAAAAUUGUUUGUAAUUGUUGCAUUUUGUAGGUUUUGUAAGGUAUCCUGUAUUUAGUGACUGCAGUUUUGGAACACAGGAUUCUGUUUUUUGGUCAAUUUAAAAGGCAAGAAUUAAAUUUACAAUAUAUUGUGUGCAAGU